GUUCAGGAUUUUUUUUUGGGCGGAGCUAAAACGGUGGCUCGAUGACGCACUGGAGCCACUGAGCUCCUGGCCCCUCCCCAAACAACAUAACUAGAGCACACAUUCGCGUCAGUUCGCCGUUCAAUCGCGAGUUUCUGUGGACUACCAUCGUUUAAAUACCUUGACCGGAGCAUAACUGGUUAACUUCACACAAGAGACCUACUGUUGGACAAUCGUUUUGGCUUUAAAGGUAAAUGCAUUGUUAGUUACAAUGUCUAGUUACUGGGCCAAAAGGAGACGAAUAUUGAAAGGAGUUGAGAGGGACAAACAGGAAAUUGCAGCUGCAAACGAUGCUCUACUUGCUGUAGAAUGUUGGCAAGAGGCGAUGAGAUAUUUGGUGCGCUUCCAAACAGGUUCUAGCGUUGAAACGACGGACGAUGACAAGAAGAGAAAGAGAAAGAGAAUCUCAAAUUCCAAGUACAGACCCCAGGCCUCUUCUGAUGAAGAGGAGUCUAGUCUUCCAGAUGCACCAGCAGUGCUGUCGUUUGGGCAACCUCUUUUGAGCUUUGAAAACAUUGUUCCUGGUAACAAGGUUUCAGUGCUGCCCGAUGCUCCAGAAGUUGCAUCGAUUCCAGAAAACCAGGAAAAUGUUGUGCCAUCUGUAGACUUCAGAGGUGAACCAGGUUUCUCCCCAGAAAUUCAGACUCCACUUCACAGAGCCAAGAGUUUGAGUACAAGACACUUGACUGGUUACUCGCCGCAGCAGUUUCUGGAUGAAAGGUGUCGAGCUCGUCAAGUACUAAGCUUUACACCCCCAGCAGCAAAUUUACCCUGGCAGCAUAUGGGUGAAAACGCUGGAGGAGAAAGUCAUCGCUCUGUAAUUGGCCCUUGGACUCCCCUGGCAUCUCGUGUACAGCAUGAAGUUUUCAGCUAUGAAGAUUUCCAGAGACUCCAGAAUGAAAAACAAGCCGUGAUGGAGGAGAACCAAGCCCUUAGGGAGGAGAACCAAGCUCUGAGGGAGGAGAACCAAGCUCUGAGGGAAAGCACUGCACGAGCAGCUUCGGAUGACAGCGGCUCACUUCAAGAGCAGGUGAAGCAAGUUGGGACAAUGUUGAAGACGUUUGCUCGCACUGGGCAAUCAGGUGCAGAUCAGACCUUAAUGCUGCGACGUCUUGGAGAGUUUGGCGAUGUUGUGCGUAGCAUGGACAACAAAAUGGACACUAUGCUGCAACAUUUCAGUGCCAAUGUGUCUGUUGGAGAGUUAUCCCUGCCAGGGGAUCUGUUACUCCCCCUAGACACCCAGGAAGAUUUGGUGUUGCUUGACAACAGUUUGAGGCAGGAUAAAGAGCUCCAGGAACGAUUUCUUCGGUUUUUGGCAAUCAAAUGUGGGAGGGACCUAAAGACAACCGUCUGGCGGAUGCUUCAAAGUAUCUUCUCUAAUCACCUUUCCAUCAAUACAACCUGGACUGGAGUUGGGGAUAAAGCAUGUUUUAGAGACAUGUUCCUGAAGACCAUUGUUCAAAGAGCCAUCCGGAAGAACCCGGCAACACAGGAUGCCACUGAUGAAGCCAUCCAGGUUAACGUUACGCGUUACCUGAAAGGAGCAUCUGACCGUGAAGGCGGAAAAAGGCGCCGCACAGCUGAGAGGGACCCACAGCCGACCCCUUAAACCUAGGCUGACUACUGACAUCCCAGCAUCACUGACAACUGGAACCCUUUCUUUAUCCUGCAGUCAGUAACAUCAAGACCCCUAAAGAAGCCAGAAGUGUCAGACUGCACUCCCCAAUCCACACUGUUCACUGUGGAUAUUAUCAUAGUGCUUAACUUAUUAUAUUGUUAAAUAUAGCUUGUAAAUCCUUGUGCCACAGGUCAGCAUUGCAGUUAUAUCUGUUCUACUACUUUUUUUACCUCAGUAUUUUUUAUAUAUAUUUGAAGAUGUUUAUCACAGAUACAAGAGACAUCUUGUACCCCAGGUCAGCAAUGCCAUUAUAAUGGUCUAUUCUACUCCAGAGCUUUAUUCUAAAUUAUUACCACUUAUCUUAUUGUUAGAAAUGGCUUGUAAAUGUGAUGUUAUACC